GAUACAGAGUGUUUGGGUUCUUGGGACUGGAGUCCAUGGCGGCAGCGACAAGGCAAGAAAAGAUCCCCCGCACUUCCGAAAAGGCAACUCACUCUCUCGUCGAUUCUCCCCUCUUUUGUCCCGCCUAUUCUGUUUCGCGUCGCCUGCCACUCUUCCGAAAGCGCGCACUCCCGCCCUUCGCUGUACUCUUCCCAGGGCGACACUUUCAAUUCCGUCGAGCUUCUCCCUCCUCCUCGUCGCGCUCCUCCCUCCCCCUCGUCGCGCUUUCUUUUCCCCUCGUUGCGAAGCGACAGGAUAGGCGAUGUCUAGGCGAGAGAUACGCAGAGGGAAAAGCAAGGAUUUGACGCGAAGAAAACAAGGCUAUGCCGCGAAGAGCUAGGGACACACGAGGGGAAACUGCAAGCAACUGGUCCAGGGAAUGCAAGGGAGCACCGCUGGAUGGUUCGGCGCAGGGAUACGAUGAGGCACAGAUUAGACGGUUUCAGGGGGAACAUUACUGCCGAUAGGAGAUGGACUGUGGGGGACCCAUCUCCAUGGCGGCAUGUGCAAAUGCCUCUAGUUAUCUACACACUACUUUCUGGUCAGGGGAUAGUGACGAGCACCACUUUUGUUGGCCAGUGUGGCGUUCUGGUGUUGUCUGAGAGAAAAUAUGCUUUUAUUUCAAAGGCAUGUCUGCUAUUCUGGUCCUCGGUCAUACCGGUCAUCCAUUGUUUUUCUGUGCAUGUGGUGUUGUUCAAGAAGACAUGCUUUGUUCUAUAG